UGUUUCAUUUUCUUUUGCCGUUUGCGAGCCGAGCCGGUCAGUUGGUUCGCUAUAGUGCAACUAGAAAGCCGUGUUUUUCGCACAUUACCACAGACUAUAAAACCAUAGCAAAAGUUCCCGCGAAAAAGGCAUAAAGAUGCGGCUAAAGUUGCUCCUCGCGCUCUGCCUUGUCUAUGCGUCGGCGCAAGCGCAGGACGAGAGCUGCCGGUUAGCAGACGAUAACCCGUAUCUGCUGUUCGGCACCAAGACUGCCUACACCUUCGCCAACAGGGGCAUCCCUGUCAGCAGAGCUCAUGAUGUACCUGGUUGCCAACCCAUUGCAAUAUGGAUGCUCAACCGCCAUGGCUCGCACAACCCCGAAGCGGACGAGUUUGCAGAGUUGCAGAAACUUGUUAUUCUCAAAAACAACGUCAUGAUUAAUUACAGCAAUGGCAACUUUAGAAACACAAAUUUCCGGAUGUGUAAUGCUGACUUGAACCUCCUCGAGAGAUGGGAGUGGAACCCUCGGCUGAACAUUUCGUUUGCGGGAGACCUCACCAGCGACGGCUAUAUGUCCACACAACAGCUCGCGCAGGCUUGGAAACAGAGGUUCCCUGGACUGCUGACUGACAAUGUGCAUGAUUAUCUGUUCAAAUACGUAAACGAUCAGCGUUCAAGCAACACAUUUAAGGCUUUUACAGAAGGUCUGUUCAGAGCUCAGGCGGACAACAUCGAUAUAUCAAAGGAAACUGAUGAAAAAUUGCUACGGCCAUACAAAUACUGUCCCUCCUGGAAUGCUGAUGUCGAAGAGAAUGCAGACACGCUGUCACAACAGCAUACUUUUGAGUCCAGUCAGGAAUAUAAAGAUAUGUUGAACAACAUAUCGCGGCGCCUCGGCUUCAACUACGACAUCGAGAGAGAUGUUCUGCACAGCAUGUACCAAAUGUGUCGCUACAACAAAGCGUGGCAGGUCGCGCAGAUCUCGCCUUGGUGUGCGGUUUUCACAAAAAACGAUCUCAAGCGUCUGGAAUAUUUGGAAGACUUGCAAACGUACUACAAAUACGGCUACGGGUCGCCGAAGAAUCAGGAAAUCGGCUGCACCGGCGUUAAAGACAUGAUGACAUUCUUCAACACACACGUUGAUAAUGAGAAGCCCCAACAGCCGCGCGCCAUCGUCCACUUCACCGAGGCGCCCAUGCUGCUGCUCACGCUGCAAGCGCUGGGCGCGCGCCGCGACGCUGCUCCACUCACCGCCGCCGGCUACCACACCGCGCCCGCGCAGAGCCGCAAGUGGAGCGCCUCAGCCAUGGCGCCCUACAACGCCAACCUCGCCGCCGUGCUGUACAAGUGCACACCGAAUAGCAACUUCCAGAUCAACGACCCGUACCAAGUACUGUUCUUAGAGAACGAAAGACCCCUUUACUUGGAAGAAUGCAGAGAUGGACUUUGCAAUUGGACUUUUGUAAAGAACCGCUUCGGACUUAUCGCCGAUAACUGCAACCUUGACUUCUGCAAUGGAGGCGCUACUAAAAUCAACGAGCCGGUUGGGCGGCGAGGCAUCGAGAUUGCGAGUGGUGCUCAAAAAAACAACAGCUGAUGACUAACUUGCUAUAAUCCAUAUUAGCUUUUUAGGGGGCCGGAUCGGAAAUUGGACGGGCAUAGACAUAAAGUAGAAUAAUACAGGCAUAGAUCACAGACCUCCUUGACAGGCCGUACAGACUACUUUAGUAUUUUAGUCGAGUACGAACAAUUUUCAAUACUAAAAUAGUACGAACUAGGCAUUGGGACACAUAGUGUUUACAUUUAAAAGUUAUGUAGAAGCAUAGAUAGUAAUUUUUCAAACAUUAACCUAUUUUCAAAAUUAUUGUUAGUCUGAAAGAGUAGGUAGAUACACUUUCAGAUUGGUCCCAUUUCAUUUUCAUGAAAAUCGGUUUAGUCAUUUUGUGUUAAAAUAAAAAAAAAAACUGAAAUAAGUCUUUGAAGUCGGUACCUACCAUUUUUAUGUUAAAAAUAUUAUUAUGUAUCAUCACUGCAAAGACAAACAGUUGGCAUAACCUUACAACAGCGCAGUUCAACAAUCUUGAAAGCCAGUUCGAAGUUACUUCGUCCAUUCGAUCAUGACCUGUCAGAAAUGCAAUCUCUGAGCGGCCGGACAUCACCAAAGAAUUUGUUUGACUUUCAUUAUGUUUUUAUAUUUAAUAUUAUUAUCAUAAAUAUAUUGUUGUUGUUGUGUUAGCACUAAAUUGUGUUUUAAAUA